UAAAAGGCUGGCGGCGCGCGGGCGGCUUCUCACAGCUUCCCUUGCAGCUGCUCGCCCUCCUGAGGAAACACAUUUUUAUUUUGGAAAGCAAUCCUGUGGGGACGUUCGCGGCAACAUGGCGGACAGCAAAGUGGAGAGCAGCGCGGAGCUGAGCGCCAAGGAGCUGAAGGAGAAGAAAUUGGCGGAUGAGAAGAACGGAGACGACGCCACCGCCAACGGCAAGACCGACGAGGAAAACGGCGAGCAGGACAACGAAGAUGAGGACGACGUGGGAGAGGAGGAAGAGGACGACGGAGAAGGUGAGGAGGACGACGAUGAAGAGGACGACCUUGUUGCACCCACAGGGAAGAGGACAGCCGAGGACGACGAUGACGAUGACGACGAUGAGGAGGACGAAGUGGAGACCAAGAAGCAGAAGACGGACAAGUAGACGUGACGUCACUUUCUAGAAAAGAAAAAAAACAACAACCUCAGUCCUCCCUUCCAAACGUCAAAAAAAAAGAGAAUUUGUUUGUAUUUUUAUUUACAUUUUAUAUUUUUGUAUAUAUUGUAAGGAGGUCGGCCAUUCUGCAACAGUGAUCCUUACGAGCAUCAAGCGGUGCUCCGAGGACAUUUUACACCCGGAAUUGUCAGCGUCCACUUCCUGUGUAAAACAUCUAGAAACACCUAGAACAUCUAGAAGCAUCCGGCCGGUCCACACACACACACACACAUACACGCCCAUGCAGGGUGAACGGUGCGUUUAGGUACACUUGGGCGUCGCGGCACUUUGCCGCGUGUGUUUUUGUGCUAGUUUGUCAUAGAUGAGCAGGAUGUAGCGUUGUGUCCGUCAUGGCCUAGUGGGAAUGUUUUUAUGUCUGUGUUACGUUGUUGGAAAAUAAAAGUCCUUGGAUUUUGUCGCUCUGUAAAA